AUGGACCCGCCGUUUUUUGUUGUCGAACCCGCGACAUCCGCUGACACUCUACGACCGCCACCAUCACCGCUGUCGUCGUCGUCCACGACAACCAACACGCCCGACCUCUCCUCUGACGACCGUGAGCGCAGCUCUACCGAGACUACCAUAGUCACCAUUUAUUCCAUGUAUGAGGAAGACGCAGGCAGCUGGUCUGUCCCCCCUUCUCUCCAGGCUCAUUCUCAAUACCGCUCUCCGAAGGACGGAGAGGUCGACGUAACUGUUGUGGGUGUCGACCAGCGAGCAUCAACCACCAGGUGGACUUCGAGACCCAUUGAAGAUAGUGCGUUCUUUGAUACGUCUGAAUGGCCUCGCACCAGCCUCGUCCAGCAGCCCAAACACUCUGGCGCGUCACAUGGGUCUGCGUUGUGCUCAUAUGCCGACGAUCGACCACAUUCCAACAUCGAGCCGCAGACUUCGCACCUUGAACUCAAAGCUCAAGCGGUACCGCGAAAUUCCUCGAAUGGCUCGUUGUUGUCUGCCUCUAGAGAUAAUCGUCCAGCCUCGGCUCAUUCAAGUCGACCCUCAUCUACUCAUACCCGCCUUCCCGUUACAACCUCCGGCUUGCCAAGUUCACCCCGCCCGCCAAACCGCAAUACUCUAACCGACAGUAAUGAGGAUUCAGCUUCUGUUUCAUCUCCGCCUAUCCCUUCCUCGUCCUACAUUGAGCCCGCACCUGCACCCUCACAACACCAGUCUCAACGCAUGCUCACACCUCCUUCUUCCCCACCACGCGUCUCAUCUGUCACGGGCUCACCGUCGAGCACGCCGUCUAUUAUGCCACUGCCUAACGAAGACCCGGACGGAUUUCACGUGCGGUCGACGUACGCACAACUGGACGUCUGUGGCGUUCGGGGAGACGGAUAUGAAGAAGGCGUAGAGCGGACACGCGCGCGGAUAGGAGGCAGUCGAGCGAGCGAGCUGGCAGCAUUGGAGGCACUUGGUGACGCAUACGAGAAAACAAGAGAACUAACGUCUCAGGAGCUUGGCAUGCUCUCCAGUUUGGAUCGAUAUGGAUUCUACGUGACACCGUCGCACGAUCGAAUAGCAUUGCUUCCUGUCGGCCCGUUGCUCAAGCCUUUAGUUCGAGUGACAACGGCAGUCACAAAUACUUCUGCUAGCGUGUCACUACUUCCAAGCCUUCCUUCUACUGCUACCCCAUCGAAGGAGCUAGGACGUGUAGUCAAAUGGGGCCGAAUGUUGGUACCACGUUCGCGCGAUCAAGGACAAAACAUCGACGCAUGGGGGAUCAACCCGUCGAAAGAGCACAAGCUGCGCGAGCGGACCUUCAAGGGUAUUCCUGACUGCUGGCGAAGUGCCGCUUGGGACACGCUGAUGUGUCGAUUCUCAAAGCAUGGCAAGAUGGAAACUACUCGGCUUGCUCAGGAGUACCGUAACGCUCUUGACCAGGCAUCUACAUAUGAUGUGCAGAUCGACCUGGAUGUACCUCGGACAAUUAGUGGCCAUGUAAUGUUCCGGACGAGAUAUGGCCAAGGGCAACGGUCACUCUUCCAUGUACUUCAUUGUCUAUCGCUGCAUUGUGAAACCUGCGGUUACUGUCAAGGCAUGGGUCCUAUAGCUGCCACCCUCUUGUGUUACUUCGAGCCAGAACGAGCAUACGCCUCUCUCGUCCGAUUGCAUGACGCGUAUCAGAUGCACACUAUUUUUAGUCCCGGCUUCCCCGGUCUGCUUGAGGCAAUCUAUGUGCAAGAACGGCUUACGGAGCAGAUGCUACCUGCCGUAUACGCUGCUUUCAAAAAGCACAUGGUAUCAACGACGGCAUAUGCCACGAAGUGGUAUAUCACCCUUUUUGCAAAUAGUGUGCCUUUCCAGACUCAGCUGCGUCUUUGGGACGCCUUCCUGCUGGAGGGGCACGAUAUUUUUGUCGUUGUGGCCGUAGCGAUUGUAUGGGUGUAUAGGGAUCACAUCACAUCGAACGCAGCAUCAUUCGAGACAGUGCUGUCUCUGCUUUCAUCAUUCUUCGUGCCGGAGGACGAGAAUGCUUUCCUCGCUUGGGUCGAAAAGGUAAUUGCAGACAAGAAGCUGCGGUCGAGCAUGCAGCACUGGAGAGCGGACUGGCAACGGCUGGUUGCAUCGGGCCAGCAUAACCAGGCAUUGUUGUAG